AUGGCACCAUCAGCAAUCUCAGACAGUCCUCCCCCUUCAUCAAAUGGCACAUCCUCACUGGCAACCUACCGUGGCUACGACCAUGUCCACUGGUACGUAGGAAACGCCAAGCAAGCAGCAACCUACUACAUUACCCGAAUGGGAUUCAAGCGGAUUGCCUACAAAGGCCUCGAAACCGGCAGUCGAACGGUCUGCUCGCACGUAGUCGGCAACGGCAACGUGACCUUCAUCUUGACUUCGCCGCUCCGUUCCUUGGAGCAGGCAGACCGUUUCAAUACCGAAGAACAGGCCGAGCUGCGGGAGAUCCACAGUCACUUUGAGAAACACGGGGAUGCAGUCAAGGACGUUGCUUUCGAAGUCGAUGAUGUUGAUGCUGUUUUCAAUGCUGCCGUGAAGAAUGGCGCCAAAGUCGUUUCCAACCCGAAGGUUCUGGAGGAUAAAAAUGGCCAUGUCAAGGUCGCUACUAUCCAGACUUAUGGACAGACUACGCAUACGCUCAUCGAGCGAAACCAAUAUCAUGGGACCUUCUUGCCUGGAUAUCGUGAUGACACUGCAGUCGUUGAUCCCCUGGCUAAGUUUUUACCUGGUGUUCAUCUCUCGAAGAUUGACCACUGUGUUGGCAACCAGGAUUGGGAUGAGAUGGAUCAAAUUUGCGAGUACUACGAAAAGGCUCUCGGCUUCCACCGUUUCUGGAGUGUGGACGAUAGCCAAAUCUGCACUGAAUUCUCCGCAUUGAAGUCCAUCGUCAUGGCCUCGCCCAACGAAAUCGUAAAAAUGCCCAUCAACGAACCAGCAAAGGGCAAAAAACAAUCUCAAAUCGAAGAAUACGUCGACUUCUACAACGGCGCUGGGGUGCAGCACAUCGCACUCCAAACAGACGAUAUCAUCCGUGAUAUUAAAAACCUCAAGGAACGCGGUGUUGAAUUCAUUAAAGUUCCUGAGACUUAUUACACAGACAUGCAAGCCCGUCUGAAGAAGUCUGGGUUGGUGCUGAAGGAGGAUUUCGAGACGAUCAAGAGUCUUGAUAUUUUAAUUGAUUUCGAUGAGGGGGGUUAUUUGCUUCAGCUUUUUACUAAGCACUUGAUGGAUCGCCCUACUGUCUUUAUUGAGAUUAUUCAGAGACAUAACUUUGAGGGCUUCGGUGCUGGAAACUUCAAGUCGCUGUUUGAGGCUAUCGAGAGAGAGCAGGAGCUUCGCGGUAACCUCGUUUAA